AUGAGUGAAACGGAGACGUGCGAGGAUUUAACCCCGCGAAGGCAAGGCUGGAGGGUUGGAGGCGGCAGCUCGCCGCCACCGCCGCGGGAGACGCGUGAGCCGCAAGGCGCGUGCGCGGCGCGCGCGGCCCGCCAUGGUUACAAGCCAACGGUGGAGGAGAUGCACCAGGGCGACUUCAGCGUGGCGGGCGUGUCGCUGACGCUGGACAUCCUGGACACGUCGGGCGCGUACGAGUUCCCGGCGAUGCGCGCGCUGUCCAUCUCGUCGGCGGACGCCUUCAUCCUCGUCUACGACAUCACCGACGCCGCCACCUUCGACGAGGCGCGCGCGCUGCGCGACCAGAUCCUGGAGACCAAGGCCGGCGCCCCCGCGCCCAUCGUCGUCGUCGGCAACAAGCUCGACCUGGCCGACGACGCCCGCGAGGUAGCGCCCUUCCGACCACCCAACACGUUCACAGUGGAGUACGACACGACGGAGUCGGUGGUGACAGUGGACUGGGAGAACGGCUUCGUGGAGUGCUCGGCGAAGGACAAUGUGAAUGUGGCCCAGGUGUUCAAGGAGCUGCUGACGCAGGCGAAGGUGAAGUACAACCUGAGCCCGGCGCUGCGCAAGCGCCGGCGCCAGUCGCUCCCGCGCCACUCCAUCUCGGAGGGCCCGGGCGGCGCCGGGCCGCACAUCCCGUCGCCCGCGCAGCUGCAGCACCUGCAACAGAUCCGCGAGCGCCAUUCGGGCUCCAAGCGCAACUCCUGCGUCGUCUGUCAGUUGGUGCUUCAAGGAGCAGACGCCGCCAUUAGAUGCACCGGUGAGCGCCAUUUGAGGCGCACAUUACAACUCAAUAAUUAACACAUUUUCCAAUUCUUCUAUUUUCGAAAGAAACUUUUGGACAUCGUUACGGGUUCGAAAACUUAUCCGCCCGGCUUCAAGGCGGUGGCCUCUCCAUGAGGACAAAUAUUCUCAUAAAGGAGGGGAAGGAUACAUCUUAGGAGUAGUCAGAUGACGUUAUGAUGUAAUUCAGUGAGAAAGCAUGGUAAAAACAUAUAAAACACUUUAUUUUCUCUAAUAUAAUGUUCCUCUUGUAUUAUUCUGUAAGGAAACUUGUAAUUUCUUUUUUGUGUUCUGUUGUGUUAAUAUGAUAAAAAGAAAGAGACUGGCGAUGGCUGUAAAUUAUUUUAAAAAGAGCGGAUAUAUAUAUUAAUAUAAGGAAGAAUUAUUUCAGUACGCUACUACACUUGCAUCAAACGCGUUCUAUAAAUUACAAAAAAUAAAUCUAAAAAUGUAGCGUAUUAACAUUGUACCUAAGAGAAUGAGAAAAAUGUAUAACCACAAGAAAAUUACUACAUAAACCAUAAUGAGCAGUAAAUAUCACAUUAUAAUUCU